AUGGCACUGGAUACAGAAAAAUCUCCUCUUGAUGCUCCAUUGAGUGUGAGAGCCAAGGGCUAUGGUAGGUGGAACUACAGUGAGAUCGAGUGGGACGAUCCCGAAUUAGUGAGGAAGGUUCAUCAGUUCUCUGAUACGGUGGAUGAAAAACCCUUGCCUGAAGGAACUGAGGGCAAAAAGCCCGUAGCUGUAAAAGGUGCCAGUCGCACCAUUCCUGCCCUUUCCCCGAAGAAUCCAAACCACCAUAAAGCAUCUUUAAUGCCUCCUAACAGGUUUUGCGAGAGAAAAGCGAAAUACGUGGAGAGAAAGCCGCUAUUCAGCCAGACCGCUUGCGUCAACGAUGUACUUCCUGAUUUUAGCAGACUCGGUUUAUACCCCAAAGACCAGCAGAUAAAAACGGCCGAGUGCUCAAACUCUACACAGCUGCUUCCAGUUGCAUCGGAACCCCCCGUGGUUCUUCCAAGGUCCCCCAUGGAUUCUAAAGGUUACAGCACCUCCGUUGAAUCCCUCCAUAGCCUUAAGGCUGACUGUAAGAGCCAGAUAGCAUUCCCAUAUUCAUCCACUCCCAAACCUUUGCCUGGGAAAAGAGCGUCCCCUUUGGAUGCCUCGAUGCCGUUAUUCCCGACAACUAGCCUGUCCCCCGAACUGUCUGAGGAUAGUGAUUUUGAGCAGCAUGAACCGACAAGGCCGAAAAGCUACUUGGCCUCUGGGGCUCUUUCAUCCUCUGAAGUGUUUCCUUCUUGGCGUCUGCACAGACUGUCUGACCCCAAAGACAUCUCUGUGAUGGGCACACGCAAGCAAAUGACUGCGGAUGGCUGUCCACCGACCGGGCAAGUAAGGAAGAUGUCUUCCUUCCAGGCGGAUUAUUGGGCGUGUGCAAUACCGGAUUGCCUUCCGCCAUCGCCAGACCGCCAGUCCCCCCACUGGGACCCCAAUAAAGAGUACGAGGACUUGCUUGAUUAUACCUAUCCGAUCAGGCCGAAAUACAAACUUGCCAAGGAUCUCAAGUAUGGAAUACGUGAUUCCUCCAUCCACGAUUCGGGGAUCGACCUCGACAGCCUUUCCGUUUCACCCGAGAGUACCUUGAAGUCCACGAGUGUGCCGGGCCCAGAACAUCGGACUACGGGGGACCAGACCGUGCAGAGUUUUCGGACCCCCUUGUCGAAAAAGCCCAAAUGUUCGGCUCCAGUGUCUCACUACGGACUUUCUCCAAUUGGGAAAGUAUCCUUUGCAGAUGGCAGUCCUAUUGGUAGAACCAUUUUUUCUAGCGAGCUGGCGCCGGGACCCAGUUCGUCUGAUUCAACCAACAUAGGGAAGCAACGCUGGGAGGCGAGAUAUAACAACUGUAAUACAAGGGACACCAACGAGCAUGACUGUGUGUUAAGGAGAGCAGCUGUCGGUACCUUCCUACGCUCCACAAGAAUGUUGUCUUUACAGCCUGAUUGUUGUAGUGACGAGGAGUAUCUCCCCCUUCCGCCGCGACUCAAGGAGUUAGAGAGGUUGGCUCAGCAGCUGACGGAUCUCUCGCUAAUGAUCAGGCAACCCGAAGAAGACGAUGGCUUCCCAUCUGUCGGCGGGAAUGGAGAGCACCUCCCACUGGAGGUUUGUGGAUGUGACGGCAGCCAGCAAGAAACAGACUGUUACUCUCGUCGUGCGGAUAGCUCCCGGGAAUGCAGUGAAGAGGACUUGCUGAGCAACCAGGGCUGUGAGGACUGUGCGAACGCGCACGGAGAGACUACCAGCACUGACGCGAGGGAUUUUGUAGGGACAGAAUGCUUCGAGACGGGAAGCGAGCGUGAGAAGGAGGAGGAGGGCUAUGACAGGGACUCUCUUGCGCAUCAUAUUAAGGUGUUUUGCUGUCGACUAGAAGAGCUGAUCCGUUGGCUGCACAAGAUAGCGGAAAUCACCGACAACUGGAUACCGCCCAGGCCCGAUGUUGAAAGUGUGAAGGCGUCGUUACAAAGAUACCUGGCAUUUAAAAAAGACCUAGCCGGACACCAAGCGCUGACAGAAGGCGUCCUGCAAGACGGUGAAAGGCUUCUUAAGAGUAUGGCAUCCAGCUCACCUGUUCUCCAGCGAACCCUCAGUUUGAUUGCAAAACAAUCCAGCGAGCUUGAAAGCAACGCCAACCGCUUGUACGAGUCGAUCCUGGGAGCUCUGGACACUUUGGAUGCCGGCCUGCGGAAGAGCCGUGUCAGUCAACAGGCAGCUGGCCCGACUGAGUCGUCAAAAUGGUUAAUGUCAGCCACGCUUUAAACCGAGCAAAGGGGCUGCUUCGAUACAGAAGUGGCCGAAAUGGAACACGGGGCUUUCCGAAGUUGGAACAGCUUGUCCUUUCCCCCAAGGCCGAUAUGGAAACUGACACCGUUACGCUGAAUUUUAAGGGAAGGAACGGCAGGAACCGGUUUUCGACCAGACAGCAACGUGCCAAGAAUAUGGAAGCAGAAAGUUUUCACAGAACUGCCUCAGCACUGGAUUUAUAAAUAUAUAUAUUUUACGAGCCUUCGUUUGUACGUUCCCAGUGCUCG